CAGCUAUGUCACAUUCCAUCAGCGUGUAUAGACCUACCACAGGGAAUCCCCAGGUAGUUUUCAGAAAUUGCAAUAUGCACAUAUCCUGAUUAGGUAAGUUACAGGAAAUUCAUAGAUAAUAUCUUCAAACUUCUCACUUCCACUUGUUCAGAAUUGGAACUGCGAAGCACAGGCAGCACUAAUAUAGGAGGAAAAUGUGGAAAUCUAAAUGGGGAAGCAAGAUCAGUAGUUCUGAAGAAGAUCGUUUAAUCACUAGGGAAAAUGCUGAUGAAUUUAAAUCAGAGAAAGCUGAAAAAUUGCAAAAAUGUUCACAUGAGAAAGAAGACAAGCUUUAUUUUUCUGAUGGACCUGAUGAUUGUAAAGUUAUAGAAGUACAAAAAUUAAUGCAAGGUCGAAGGUUCAAGGAAGUGAAUUCUUGGCUUGAUCAGCACAAAGACAGAUACAGUUCGCUGAAGAAACCUAUAGUAAAUAACAUGCAAACAAAUCCAAAACAGCACACUAUAUUGGAUGUGGACAGUCUUUUGAAAGAAUUGAAAAGCAAUAUUUCAUCAUUUAGUGGGACAUUGCCACCAGAGCAGCAGGAAUUUAUAUUAUUGGUGUAUCGUGUAGUUGAGCUGGAAGAUAACAGGGUGGCUCAGUUGAAAGAGGAACUGGAAACAGACAGCUUAGAAUCUGAAAGAACAAAGGAAUGGAAACAACAGUUUACUGAAAUAGUGGAAUUGUUUGUGCAAAAUCAAAUUCCGCUAUUCCUGAAAAAUGGUGCCGAAAAUGAUGUCGAGAAAUAUGUAACAAAGCUGCAGAAGAUUGUGUUAACCAAUAUAUUGUCUUUUUCGAACCAAAAUGAGAUCUUUAAAAUAUUUGCAAAAGCUUACCAUGCAUGUAUUUUUCAUCACCUAAAUCAAGUUUUCCAAGCAGACCUGGACAUCGAAGAUUUAUUCAAUGUUUUAUCCUGGAUCACUCAUAAAUAUAAAAGUGAAGAAUUCAUGGGCCAUCCUGAAAUUAAAGAUAUAACUCUGAAAGCAUCAAUGUUAGAUCCCUUUUUAGAUGCCAGAUGUGUGUAUAGUGCUUCAGAGAAGUUGAUCAGCACAGUACAGUCAGAAAUCAAUGUAAGGCUAUCAAGAAGUCUUAAAAUGGAAGACGUGACAUGGUCACAGCUGCCAGCUAAAAUCAAACAGGACAUGAACUAUUUCAUAAAAAAAGCUGAACACAUCAGUGAAGCAAUAGCAUUGAGAAUUAAAAGUGUUUGUGCUGCUCAACUGCUUGAUUUCUUACUGAGUUAUCAAGAACAUAUCAAGAAGUCCAAAGAUUUAUCCUGCAGAGAAAGAAUGGAGAUUGUACAAAGUUGCAUUCACUUCAGAUGUUUUCUGACAGAACUAUCACACAAUGAUACUGAUGAUUUUAGAAAAUGUUUGGCUGUACUUAGGAAAGUGCAAACCAAGGAAUGUGAUGAGCUAAUAGAAAAAAUGUUCUACCAUGUCAAGAUUUGCUUUUCAAACCAUUUGAAAAAGGAUUUGGAUUCAAAUAACUUAAAUAAAGCAAGUUCUUCAAUAAUAGACUAUUUUGCUCAAUUUUCUGAUAUGAGCACAACAGGCUUCUACAAGGCUUUGGUAGCGAGGGCACAAUCUGUAAUUAUUCAGGAAUACUUAAGAGUCAUUAUUAACAGUUCUCUGAGAUGUACAUCAAAUAACCGGAGUCAGAUAUCUAGAAAAAUUAUUCAGGACUCCAAACAGCUGCAACAGGUCUUUGCAAAUCUGCAGUCUAGUGCCACUUGCCUAAACCAACCUAUCCUAGAUGUGGCUGAAAUCAUUCAAAUCAAUGAUAUUAAUGCAUUGAAGACAGAAGUUGCUGCACUUGUUUGUAACUACCCUGAUGUAAGGAAGGAACACAUCAAUGCUAUUCUGGAUAUUAGAGGAAUGAUGACCAGAAAAGAAAGACGGAGCAUCCUCAAACAAGCAAAUGACAUGAUGAAAUUAAACAAUGACAUUUCAUCAGACAAUCAAUUAUUUCAAGGAAUAAGUGUCUCUAAAUUCCGAUGGAGGAAGAAUCAUUGUUGUAUGUUUUGCUGUAUAGCAUAAUCAGAGAACCAGUGAGAAUAAUAAGUAUUGAUUGACAGCAGUUUUGAAUGAGCUGCACAUUUACUUGUCAGUUGGAUUGACCCUUACGUUGUUAACUGAAUGAUGACAUUUACACCAGAAAGUGCAAAUAUUUCAGUUUAUACUUUAGACACUAAUUCAUCACCUUUCUAUCUUUUCAAAUGUCCGUCAUGAUUGACGUCAAGUUUCUGUGAGAAUAUUUGAUUAUUGAACUAGCUAUCACAGGUUGUGACCCUUUGGACAUUUUCAAGUCAUGAGAGCACGAAGUGUAUUUUGAUAAAAGUAUAGUUGCUGCAAAAAGACAUAUCCACGUUAAAAAUCGCUUGAAUCAAAGGACAGCAACAAAAUGUCUUUACCAGAAGGCGCAAUGACUAGGGGAGAAAGCUUAACAAUGUUGUGAUUUUACAGGCAAUGAUCAGAUCCAGUAAAUAUGACAUAUUUGUCAGAGCUCUGAAGCCUUCACGAAAAUUUUAAUUGCAAUUCAUUGAUGUGAUAUUGAUUCAUAUUUGGUAAAUUAUAACAUUUCCUGUGAAUCGGUAACUGUAAGAACGUGUAGAACUAUUAGUCUUCAGUUAAAAAUGUACUUCAUGCUAAAUAUCAAUAUUUGUUUUUUAUGUGCAUAUUUUCCAUUUGGUACAAAGGGACAGGAGACCAUUUAACCAUUCAAGCAUGUUCUGCCAUUAAAUUAGAUUAAAUUAAACUAAAUGGCUGAUCUGUGAUUGAAUUGUAUAUAUUGCCCUUGCUAUUUAUCCCUUACUAAUACUGGCUUUCAAUCACAACUUUAAUGUUAACAACUGGUCUAGCAUCAAUUGCCAUUUGCUAAAGAGUGUUCCAAAUUUCUAUCUUAUUUCUGUAUAGAUUGCUGAUAGACAAAGUAGCCUAGGAUUAAGGUGGGUGGGCAGGCAAACAGGAAAGAGUUGAGACUGCAAUUAGAUUGGCCAUAAUUUUAUUGAAAAAGCCAAAUAGGCUUGAAGGAAUAAAGGGCCUACUCCUCCUCUGAAAUCCUAUGUUCCUAUACAUUACCGAAAGGGAAAAAUAGACAGUAUAGGCAACAGGAGGGACUGGUCGGUGGAAUAAUAAAUAAUAUAGGUCUUCUAUAAUUACAGAGUAUUUACUAACAGUUGGAGAUGUGGCCAUGAAAUGAUAUGACUGGGUAAUAAUAUCAUUUUAAAAAUUCAUUCAUGAGAUGUGGGCAACGCUGGCUGGCUAGUAUUUAUUACCCAUCCCUAAUU